AUGAAAGAAGCUUUGAUAUCGUCUAUUGCAAUUGGAUGUUUGGUCAUUCUCAAUUUAUUUGUUGUUACCAAAGCGACUAUCAAUUGGAAUGGUAAUAAUUGGGCUUUACGAUGUGAUUUUCGUGGAAAUGAUUUCACCAAUGUUCGAAGUCCGCCGCAAUUAUGCGGCCCGAAAUGUGAUGCAGUAGCAAGAUGCACUCAUUUUGCGUGGACAAAUUGGCAAGGUGGAACAUGCUGGAUGAAGUCCGGUUCAGUUUCAAAAUCUAAUGCCAUCAUUAGUUCAGAUUCGUCUGCAGUUUGUGGCGUCAAAGCAACGAGAAAUCCUACAAGUAAUCGAAACGCAAGAAAACGAGGUAUUGCAUGGCCAAUGGAAAAUAAAGAAGAUAAUCCUGGUGUUUUUGCCGGCGGAAAGAUUUCAUGGAUUUACAAUUGGUCACCAUAUAGAACAAAUCUUGCUGGUACUGAAUUUAUCCCUAUGUUAUGGAGUACGAAUAAAGGUCACGAUGGCAGUCAAUUCGUGAAUCAAGCACGAGGUGCAAAGCAUGUACUCGGUUUCAACGAACCAGAACGUGCUGAUCAAGCACGCAUGAGCCCUGGUGAAGCUGCACUAGCUUGGAAAAAAUAUAUUGAACCUCUUAGACAACAAGGCGUUCGUCUUGGUUCACCAGCUAUUGCUUCGACUAACGAAGGACUCAAUUGGUUAAAACAAUUCAUCAGAGACUUGAAUCAGAUCGGUGGACGCAUCGAUUUUAUUGCUUUACACUGGUACGGUCGUGGUGCUGACAAUUUUAUCAACUGGAUUACACUCGUUCGUCAACAGCUGGGCAAUAAACAUCCUGUAUGGGUAACAGAAUUCGCUUGUACGUCGUGGAAUCCAAAUCAGCCUGUAUCUCAAGCAGAAGUCAAUGAAUUCAUGCGACAGAGUGUUCAAAAACUUGAUUCGUUAGACUGGGUUGAACGCUAUGCUUGGUUUGGUGCUCAACGUCGUCUCGAUGCUGCACUCGGUUCAACCAAUUGUUUAAUUCGAGCUGAUGGAAGUUUAUCUGAUCUAGGUCGAACAUAUGUCCAUGGUCUAUAA